AGGGAGAGAGAGAGGCCCUCCCCCACCGCUGCCUGUUCCUAAUUCCUUCCCCUGCCCCACCGAAAAGGCCAAAUCCCUCACAUCAACAAAGUUAAAAACACGAAAAAGAGGAGAGAAUGCCAUAUCUCCCCUCCUUUCCACUGUCAUCACAUGGAAUGGAAGUGGGGGUUUAAGGGAAAAAAAAAAGAAGGGAAAGAAAGAGAGAUAGAGAAGAAGAAGAGAGAGAGAGAGAGAGAGAGUGAGUGAGAAACCCUAGAUAGAUGGGCAUUCCUAAGGCCCAUCCUCCUCGCCCAAUCUCCUCUCCACCAACACCGUCUCUGUUCCCAAUCCUAACCCUCGUUCUCGCCAGCGUCGUCUCAUCCAUCUCUCCAUCCGCUGCGGCCGAUCUCUACGCCCUGAUCUACAAGGGCUGCGCAAAUCAGACUGCCGGCGGCGGCGCCUCCCAGCAAGCCCUCGCCGCCCUUACAUCCUCGCUCACCGCCCAGGCCACCACCGCCAAGUUCUACAAGACCACCACCUCCUCAUCCGCUGGAGGCCAGGCGAUGUUCGGUCUCUUCCAAUGCCGCGGCGACCUCAGCGCUUCCGACUGCUCCGCCUGCGUCGGCCGCGUCCUCCCCAUGUGGAGCUCCCUGUGCGGCCCCGCGGUCGCCGCCCGCGUCCAGCUCACUGGCUGCUACGCCCUCUACCAGGUCUCCGGCUUCCCCCAGGUCUCCGGCACCCAGAUGCUCUUCAAGACCUGCGGAUCCGGCGGCGGCAGAGGGGACUUCGAGCUGAAGCGCGACACCGCCUUUGCCCAGCUCCAGAGCGGGGUCGCCGGCGGGGCGGAGUUCUACGCGACGAGCUACGCGUCCGUGUACGCGCUAGCGCAGUGCGAGGGCGACCUCUCCACCAGCGACUGCGCCGAGUGCGUGUCCCAGGCCGUCCAGAAGUCCGAGGUGGAGUGCGGCGGCGCCCCCUCCGGCCAGGUCUACCUCGAUAAAUGCUACAUUAGCUACUCCUACUACCCCCACGGCAUCCCCCACGGCGGCGGAGCAAACAGCGAAGACGGUGGCGAUAGUGGUGGGAGGGGCAGCGGCGCUGGGUUUUCUGGUAAUCUGCUUGCUGUUUGCCCGGAGUCUAAUGAAGAAAAAAGACGACUUUUGAAGGUUGGUGGUGAUGGGUGAGACGUACGGGAGGAGUUGUAGAGGAGGAGAAAAGAAAAUUUUAGGGGGAGGAGGGUGUGGUGAAACGUGGGAAUGGUCGUUUUUCCUGCCGAGGGGGGAUGUGGGAUACAGAGGGGGGGUUUUGGCGUUUUCCUUGGGAUCCAGCAUGUGAGAGGAGCGGGGCAAAGGAGGGUGAGAAUUGAGAAGAGAAUAAUGUGUGUGUCUGUGGGAGCGCGGAGGUUGGGUUUGGGUUGGGGUGGUGGUAUUGAUCCAAUCUUUGGCUCUGUUCGAAGAUGCUCCUUGUCUCAUUUCCAUCAUGUAUAUCUCUGUCUCUAUAUAGAGAUGCUAGGAGUGCACACAAUCAUGGGUUUUUUUUUCCAAAUAAUUAAUCCAUCGGGAUAAAUUUUUGUUAAUUCAUUCUAGUUGUUUUGAUGUAUUAA